AUGAAAAUAUGUAUCGGAAUAAAUUGUCAUCACGCUGGUUACCGUUGUCAAGAAAACUUAAGAUUUAUUGUUGGUUGUGACUUUAACGAUUCAAUGUCAUCAGAAGGAUCUGGGGGAGUCAGCCUCGCUUUCAAAACACAUAAAUAUUUAUGUCCUGACUUCCAAUUAAUGUUGGUCGUUUUAAAAAAUCAAUUUUAA